UAUUGUAGUGGAGAUAUCAACAUUAUAUUACCGGAAAAUAGACAAGUGUUUCUCAAUAAGGCAAGAGCAUAUUUUACAUUAACUGAAACCAUGUGACGUUCAAGGGGAUUAAAAAAAAAAUUGAUAUAAAUGAGUGGCAAACGGAAACCAUUCGUCCCGUCUUCGCCAAAAUCAGUUGAUAGCGAAGUUGAGGAAGAUUUUUCAUCUGGUUCUUCAUCGGCCCGGGGUAAAGAUGGCUCGAAAUUAGUGGAUUACGACGAUGUGGGUUCCCCUAGUGGUAGCAGCACUGCCAGUGGUCCAGUUUACGUUAGGACCCCGGGGUUCGAGAACCACGGUCAUUCGGUUCGCGUUAAACCACCUCAAAGUAGAAGAGGAAGUUACGAAAGUCAGAAGGAUGGUAAAGAAGCGAUCCAAACUCAAGGACAAAGUUCUUGCAAGAAGAAGAAAAACAGUAUUAUUAGCAUACACGAUAUGAGCUGUCUUCAAGAAAAAGGCCAAACUCAUAAGAGUAAACAGAGAAAAGAACCUCUGCCUAUGAAACUAAGGGCUCUUCCACAGUCAUUUUGGCAACAACCCAACAAUGCAAGCAACGUAUCACCGGCCAUUGUGGUUCCUAUGCUACCGCCACUUUUUAAACACGACACGGCCGACGAUGUCACCAAAGUUCGACCGGUGACUCCUCCGGAAGAAAGAGAAAAAGGAAGUGCAACUAGCACAAGAUCAGAAGGUUCGAGGAUCAUUCGAGUGUCUAACACUGAUCUUUUACAUAAACUUUUCGAUGGAAUCAACGAAAAAGAUAAACAAAUGGCGCCGGUAGUCAGACGAGGAAGACCUAAAAAAAUUCCGUCCACGUUAAAUCAAAGAACUUUAAGAGGAGAAGAUCCGUGCUUGGUUAGUACGGCUACCGAAGGAAUCUUACCACUUCUAAAUUUGGAUAGAGAAGGGAAUAAGAAUUCCACGCAGACCCUUACUCUGGUGUCGAUCAGGGAUGGCGACAAAUCUGUGACGUUACCAGCUCUUAACGUAGAGCAGAAUUAUUCUCAAAUGCUUUCGGAGUUGGUGGUAAGAUUAUGAACCAAAAUGGCUACGUUUUCGUGAAGACAACGUCGAGAGCCAGUUUUUAUUCCGUCCGAUUUCCAGUAGAAUUGAAUAGAAGAAUUUCUAUUGAAAAUAAAAUUCUGCUUUGCUUCCUGGAGAAGGAAAAUUCUCCAAAAUGCAUCAUCGAUGCGGCUCUUACGGAAGCCUUAACAUUCGGGCUUAUAAGUUACAAACCAUUGUAACCGGAAUAAGCAAAGAUUUAACUCGUUGUUAGUGAAAUAAACGACUACCAAAUCUGUCUAAAACGUACAGAUAAUGGUUUGAUUCGUUUAUCAACAUUUACGCUGAAUCUUCUAUGCGUUAAUUAUUAAAAAUAGAAGACAACAGCUGGUGUUAACCUUAUCCAAAACAAUGGCUCUUCAACAUACAGGAUCUUCUAUUCAAUUCUGGAAUUGAAAGAGCAUAUUGUAAAUAUAAAUCCGAUCCAUAAAUUCAUAGAUACCAUAAUCUGUGACUCGUUUAUCAUAUUUUAAAAUAUUAAUUUCAUUAAAUGUUUAAAUAUUCCGUCCGAAUUUUCCGUCCUUCAUUCAAUACACAAGUGCUUACACAUGUAAAAUAACUUAAUAUUUUUCCAUGUUUUAUAUGUGAAUAUUAUUAAAACAAUCCUUCCAUUUCGGUUAUAUGUAAUUUAUUAAGUUAUUUAGCUAACUUUUCUAUAAUCUCGCUUAUAGAGAAAGUUAACUAAGAUACAAAAAUCAUCUAUAAAUCUACGUGAACUGUUAAUUACGUGUUAACAGAUCAACGAUAGAAUAGUUGUUUCUUGUAAACUUGAACGUUUUUCAAGUUAAAUUUCGAAAGAAACACUAAAAAAUCUUCAUUUUUAUUGUGCCAUUUUGAAAAUAAUCCGUCCAUUCAAUCGAGUUUCUUAAAAGAAACACGAUCGAAGACAUUGCUCGGCAUUAUUUUACACCAUAUUAUUUAUUAUUUUAUUUUAUACGCUUGAACUGUGAUA